GUUUAGCAGAGUGAUGGCGUUUGGGAAAAAACUCUUCUUGUGUCUAGUUGUCAUGGUGUGCAAUGUGCACCAUAGAAGACGGGCAGCUAUUUAAAUUGAAUAAUAGAUAUUUGGGGAUCAGACAAGAGCAAGAGGAAAACCACGUCCUAGCAGGGAGAAAUAUGUCUCCCUCCCCCCCAAGAAUUUAUUGCAAUUCACACGAAGGCUGAAACGCGUGUCAGAACUUGGGAGCUCAGGUGGACGUGCAUUCAAGACUUGCGGGUUGAGAGUGAAGUCGAGACGAAGCGAUGUGGCUCGGUAACCCGGGUCUACUGAUCGUCAGAAGACCCAGAAGGUAGAAAUCCGUUCGGCUGCAAGCCAAGGAAGCAAAGCCACGCCCCCUCCCUCCGGCAGCCAAUGGCCCUCCCGUCCGGGUCGGCUUGCCCGGCGCAAAGAUGGCGCCUACGGGGCCGGAACUCGCCCGGGCGGAAGCGGAAGAGCGGCGCUGAGGUGAAGUAGGCGGCGGCCCAAGCGCGGCUGCCGGUGAUGAAGCCUCUCCGAGCGCCCGGGGCGGUAUGGGGCCUGGCCUUGGUGCUGUGGCAGCUGGGCCCGGCGGCGCGGGCGAUGGACCCGGUCACCGUGGGCAUCGCGCUGGCCGGCACCGCCUCGGCCCUCACCGGCCUCAUCUCCCUCCCGAGGCUCUAUUGCUACUUUGCCGAAUGCUGCGUGGAAAGGCCGGUGGCGAAGGUCGGGAGAGAUCUUAAGGACAAUCUGGGGAAAAAAGUCUUCGGACAACACCUGGUGUCCGAGGUGAUUGUGAAAGCCGUGACGGGGUUUUUGAUGAACCCGAAUCCGAAGAAACCCCUGGCUCUCUCCUUGCACGGAUGGACGGGGACGGGCAAAAACUUUGUCAGCAAGAUUGUGGCGGAAAGCCUUUACGACGAAGGGCUCAAGAGCAAAUACGUCCACCAGUUCGUGUCCACUCUGCACUUCCCACAUCAGCAGAACAUCAGUCAGUACAAGGACCAAUUGCAAACGUGGAUUCGUGGCAAUGUGAGCGCCUGCGGAAGGUCGCUCUUCAUAUUUGACGAGAUGGAUAAAAUGCACGCUGGACUCAUCGACUCCAUCAAGCCUUUUCUGGAAUAUUAUGAAGAAAUAGAUGGCAUCUCGUAUCGAAAAGCGAUUUUCAUUUUCCUCAGCAAUGCCGGAGCUGAAAAAAUAACCGAAGUGGCCCUCGAUUAUUGGAAGAGGGGAAAGAAGAGGGAAGAGCUUCCUCUGCAUGUUUUGCAACAGUCAUUGUCAAAUUCUGUGUUUAAUAACAAAAAUAGUGGGUUUUGGCACAGCAGUCUGAUCGACCGAAAUGUCAUCGAUUACUUUAUUCCCUUCCUGCCUCUGGAAAUCAGCCACGUGAAAAUGUGCAUCAGGUCUGAAAUGGAAUCGCGGGGCUACGUGGUCAAUGAAGACGUGGUCUCUCGGGUGGCCGAUGAGAUGACCUAUUUCCCCAAAGAGGAGCGAAUCUAUUCUGACAAAGGAUGCAAGACAGUUUACACAAAAUUAGAUUUCUGUUACGACGUCUAAAAUUGUUUUCCGCUUGCAACUUCAAAGAAGGGGGGGGAUGAACCUGUUCAGAGGACUCAAAAGAAACCAAAUUGAUUUCUCCCCCCCCCUAAGAUUUUAACCUAUGUAAAUAGGACAAUUAAUUGAGAUUGGGGAAGAGUUGGGAUCUUGGAAGUCUAAAAUUAUGGCUCGUUCAUUAAGAGAACAGUUUCUCAGUCCAUCUGUUGAAAAAUUGUUUUUAAUCAUGACUCCGUUUCGAUCCACGUCACGAGCUCUUUAGGGAACACGUCUAUCUGGAAGUGAAAAUGGUUCUAAUUGGGUAAUGGUUGAUACACAAAGUAUUCUGGGGUGUUUUUUUUUGGAAACAUUUGUGACUCCUAAGAAAUGAAGGAAUGUUUUUGAAUCUCUGCAUUUUUUAAAAAAAAAAAGAGUUCUACAAAUUGAAUCUUGAAUCUUUUCAGCAAUCUUGAGCUGACAUAGUACACUUCAAUAGAAAUGAUUCUUUGUUUAUCCCUCAAUCUGCUUUUAAAAAGCCUUUAUUCUGUAUCGAGACCAGUGUUGGUGCUAAAAAAAAAAAAGAAAGAAAAAAUAAUCUAGAAAAGUGAUCCAGCGCUGCCAGAAUUGUCAAGCAGCAAAAGAUUUAACUAUAUUCCAGGGAGAUAUUUUUGUAACUUUGGAAUAAAACACAGCUGCCCAUCUUAACUACUGCCCGGGCUGAAUAGCAGACAUAUUCUUAGUAUUCUGAGAAUCAUCCGCAAUUCCUUGAAGCAAGAAUUUAUCGGAACCAAUUCUGAAAGUGUUGCCUUCAUGCCAAGAAACAGAAUUUCUGAGAAUAUUUUAAUGUUGGUGUCUCUGCGAUCACUAGCAAAAUGUUCUUUUCCUCCAGCCAUCCAAAUAAAGUGGCUUUAUGAAGCAGCUUUCCUUAACAAGAAGGUAUUCUUCUCUUACGGCGGUUUGUUGAAAGUUCUGGAAUAUUUUUUGUGAAUAAACCAAAGCCAAGGCGGUUGGUUAAUUCUGAGGGUCGCUGUCCUACCCCGUCUGGAGAGCGCAACAUGGCGGAAUAUGUUGAGAGGGGCUUCAUUAAAAGUUCAACUUGUGUAGAUUGCUGCUGCCAUGGGAAAUGGGGUGGGAUUUUUAUUAUAUAGUGGAUUUGUUAAAUUUUGUAAGCCCUUUUUAAAAAGCCAUCCCCUUGCCUAGAUCUCCUAAACCAGGAGUCUCCAAUCCUCAGUCUGUGUAAUACAGUAUCCAAAAGAUCACAGUUGCAACUUUAUUCUAACACAUGAAGUGGAGAUCAGCCAAUUUUCUCAGUAGCUGGGUUUGCCCAACACAGCAUAAUCAGUCACCCACUUCAGGGUGCUCUGCGAAAGUAGCUUGUAUGGGUAAUUUACAGUUCAGUGUCAUGUAAGGGCAGAACAUCUGGUUAAUUCCAUAAACCACAUUUAUUAUUAUUAUUUAUUGAAUUUAUAUUGCCGCCCAUGGCGACUCAAGGCGGCUUACAAAAUGUAAAACCACAUUUAAAAACAGUAAAACUAAUUUUAAAAAAAUCAAACAAUGUAAUAAAAUCAUA